GCGUCAAUUCGUUCAAACUCGGUCUCUGUAAGUUUCGACGUUUUUUUCUGUGUUACAGCUGCACCAUGGGUUACCACCGAGCACACAUAUCUACCAGUUGAACUGGACCAGCAGGUGAAUAUCAGUUGCAGAUACGAUGGUGAACCAAGUCCAGAAGUUACAUGGUUUUUCAAUGCAUUCGUCAUCAAUGAUGCAACGGACGAAAAAUUUAAAAAAAUUAACCGUUAUGCAGUACGACGAUCCAACUACAGUGAAACAAUUAUUCAGAUUAAUAACAUCAAUGAGGAUCAUUUUGGAGAUUAUACCUGUCGAAUAUCCAACAAUUAUGGAACUGAUGAAAAAACAAUUUAUGUUAGUGGUCGACCAGGCCCACCAAGGCUUAGCUUAUCAGAUCAGGUGUUAAAGUGGGAAAUUGAGUCUGUAAAUGCUAUUAUAAUGUACAGAAUUAAAUAUCGAACAUCACAUGAUGAUACCUGGCAAGAUUCUAUUGAAAUCCGCGCUCAAAAGGGCGAUCGUCAGGGGAACACUUGGAAAAGUCGAUAUGAUUUAUCACCAUCAAAAUUUAAACCUGGCAAUGAUUAUGAGCUACAGGUACAAGCGAGGAACUCUUUAGGCUGGGGUUCAUUAGCUCGAUCUUAUAUCGUCUAUAAGGUUCCAGACGCAGAAACUGAAUCUGGUGAGCAUUUCUUUGAAAAUUACAGUUUUUUCAGGCUACGAGAAAUUCAGUAUUUGGGAUCAAUUUACAGAUUUGCUUUGAUUCUUUCCUUUAUAGCAAGCACUGUGGCUACAGAUGAAGCAUCUGAUUCUUUACAUUAUUUCAGCAAAGCCAAGUUCAGCCAAUCAGAUAAACUUCACUUUAUUACCCAUAUCAGCAUUACUAAUGUUAUACGCUUUUUCAAGGAUAUUUUAAACGAACCGGGCGGAUAUACCGUUCCAGUUAAGAGAGUUAAUCUGAAAACAAAGCUUUACCUCACUGGAUAUUUGCUUGCCUUUUUUCGUUUUAAAAACGCUCUCUUCUAG